GUCCUCCUCCCCCUCCGUUCUCCCUUCCUGCAGAAUCUAUGCUAGCUCGCCCCAUCUCCAAGGAGAGGCCCCGCCCUACAUGCUAAUUAUGUCCCUAGUCCCCGCCCUACUUGCCUAUGCAAAUGAGGCGCCCGGAGGCCCCGCCCCUCCCAGCUCGGAGUCUGCGCGGUGUGGCCGGCCCGGCCGAUCGGCUGGGCUGCUCGAUCGUGUCCCUGUCCCCGUGUCCGCCGACUGGACCACUCGUCCGUCGGUCCUGCCACGCCAGGUUGUCUAGGCGGAGCGGGCUCUGGCAGCGGCAGAGACAGCCGAGACGGGGGUGAGGGAGAGGGCCUUGGGGCGCCCCCCUCCCCACCCCGGGGGCGUCCUCCUGCCCCUCGAUCUGCCUGUCCAGAGUGACCUGUGGAUGGAACACCGGGCGCAGAGUGCCUACUGUCACCUGCCUGGGCCUCAGCUUCCCCACCUGCACCAUGGAGGUGACCGUCCCUGCCCUGCUGGCUGCCAGCAGCGGCCGUGAGUCUGUGGUGGUGGGGGCGGCCUGUAGGAAGCCCUAGGUGCUUUCACAGGCCCAGCCAUGGCGGGAGGGAGACCUCACCUGAAGAGGAGCUUCUCCAUCAUCCCCUGCUUCGUCUUUGUAGAGUCUGUACUGCUGGGCAUCGUGGUCCUGCUUGCUUACCGCCUGGAGUUCACGGACACCUUCCCAGUGCACACGCAGGGCUUCUUCUGCUAUGACAGCACCUAUGCCAAGCCCUACCCGGGGCCCGAGGCCACCAGCCGGGCGCCUCCCGCCCUCAUCUAUGCCCUGGUCACUGCGGGGCCCACCCUCACGAUCCUGCUGGGGGAGUUGGGCCGGGCCUUCUUCCCCACGCCACCCUCAGCCAGCCCCAUCCUCGGGGAGAGCACCAUCAUCUCAGGGGCCUGCUGCCGCUUCAGCCCCCCGCUACGGAGGCUGGUCCGCUUCCUGGGUGUGUACUCCUUUGGCCUCUUCACCACGACCAUCUUCGCCAACGCGGGGCAGGUGGUGACCGGCAACCCCACGCCGCACUUCCUGUCCGUGUGUCGCCCCAACUACACAGCCCUGGGCUGCCCCCCGCCCUCUCCUGACCGGCCAGGGCCUGACCGCUUUGUCACGGACCAGGGCGCCUGCGCGGGGAGCCCCAGCCUGGUGGCCGCCGCACGCCGCGCUUUCCCCUGCAAGGACGCGGCCCUCUGCGCCUACGCGGUCACCUACACCGCGAUGUACGUGACCCUGGUGUUCCGCGUGAAGGGCUCCCGCCUGGUGAAGCCCUCCCUCUGCCUGGCCCUGCUGUGCCCCGCCUUCCUGGUGGGCGUGGUCCGCGUGGCCGAGUACCGCAACCACUGGUCAGAUGUGCUGGCCGGCUUCCUGACCGGGGCGGCCAUCGCCACCUUUCUGGUCACCUGUGUCGUGCACAAUUUCCAGAGCCGGCCCCCCUCUGGCCGAAGGCUCUCUCCCUGGGAGGACCUGGGCCCAGCGCCCACCAUGGAAAGCCCCCUCGAAAAGUUAAGUGUGCCCCAGGAACCCGAGGCCUGCAGGCCGCAUUCGACACCGGCACGGCUCGCCCCAUCCAAGCCGCAGAGCUGCGCCCGCCGUGGCCACCUGAUGCCCAGCUGCGUGUCCUCCAGGGCCCCGGCCCUGUGCUCGUCGCCCCGUGUGCCCCGCCCUCGGCUGCGGUCUGAGCCCACGCCCCUGCCCCUGCCCCUGCCCCUGCCCGCGCCCGCGCCCAGCCAGGGCCCCUCGCCCUCCUCCCCCGGGCCUGGGGGGCCGGGCGGGGGCGGGGGCGGGGGGCGCGGCCGGAAGCUGCUGCUGCCCACGCCCCUGCUGCGGGACCUGUACACCCUCAGCGGCCUCUACCCGUCCCCCUUCCACCGGGACAACUUCAGCCCCUACCUGUUCGCCAGCCGCGACCACCUGCUGUGAGCCCCCACCACCCCAGGGUCGGCCAGGCCCUCUGCCCCUGCCACGCGUGCGUGUGUGUGCGUGUGCCGUGUGAGUGCCAAGCCCGGCUCCCCCAAAGCAGCCAGGUCACAGAUCAGGAGGUGGCUGGACGGAAACCGGGAACCCCUCCCUCUCCGGCCACCCAUCCAGUACCUGUCUAGCGGGUGGGCCCGCGCCCCUAGGGUUGCCCUUUUAAGGGCUGAAACUUGACCCUAUUGGUCACUGCCCAGCCAAUGAGAGCCUCCGGUUCUCAGAAUCCCCACCGCCAAGUUUAUUCCAGCCAAUCGGCGCCUCCCUCUCACUUCUUGACCUCCUCACACCAGUGGGCAACUCCAGCCGGGGCGGUCGGUGUCUCAACAGCGAAUAGGAGGCCUUGGCUCUCAGAAUUUCUAGAAUGGGUGGGUAUGAUUCCAUCAAUGGGGGACCGCCCGAGUCUACGCGGAGGAGGGGUGGGGUCAUCCUUUGUCCGCAGGUCCUCAGUCCUCAGACUCUCAGAGCCCAGGUAGGGGGGGGAGGCAGACUCCCCAGGGACCAGGUCCUAGGAGCCCCCCUUGCUGACCCCCGUGUGUCCCCUCUCAUCCAGUCCUUGCCGGUUCCCUACUUAAGCAGGGCUUGCCCCAGUUGAGGUUUUGGGGUUCAGGGUGCUGUGUCUCCACUUGCCCGAGCCCGGGGCACUCCCCAAGGCCUUCUCUUUCUUAUUAGGGCUGUGGGCAAGGACUCCUCCCCACCCGUCCCUGGUCACUUGCCCACCCUGCCUGGGCCUUAGGCAGACGUGCCAUCUCGGGGGGCACGGGUAGAGCGGAGGGGCUCCCCUCCCCUGAGCAGCCAAAGGCAGUGUGCAGAAGACACGCUGUCCUCCCGUCCUGCCCACUCCCCAUCUUUAACAAAGACCUGGCUUCUCAUCUUUAAUAAAAACCUGUUUGUAGCAGAA